UAUGGCAUAGCAUACCCUGUUUUUGGCAGGGAAUGGGAAAUGCUUUCCCAAUGAAACUUGAACAGCAAGUUUUGUCUUGAGAGAUGGUCUCAUCUGGAACAGAAAGCUGACAGGCUCACCAUGUGCCUGUUACUAGAGAAGCUGAGAGACCCUCCCAGCUGUUUACACUUCGGAUGAAAAAUGGCAGUUUGACCUAAACCAACAGUGUGAUGUUAGCUAGCAUCUGCAAAGAAGCUUCAAGUGGAGCAUGCCCAGUGCAGGGCUCCCUCCCCCAUCAGUCCCCCCUUCCAGAUCGCUGACGAUAAGGCUUGAACUUUACACUAGGAAAUAUCAGGGCACAGUCUGGGGCUUGUUUGCUUGUUUACUUUUGUUUUUCUAAAAAUGUCCUCUUGAAACUAAUUUCCUUUAACAAGCCAAGUGCAGGGAAGAGAAUAUUUAGACUAAUAUAAUGCACUGAGUUUAAACAAGUUGAAGGCAGUCUCUGCACUUGGACCUGUCUUUAUUUCGAGAGCAAUAGAAAUUAUUAGAUUCUGUCCGUGUGUGUGUGUGUGUGUGUGUGUGUGUGUGUGUGUGUGUGUGUGUGUUUCCCUCUUGAAAUGGGAAAAUAAGAUUCUCCUCAGACAGAAGUCUACUGGGGCUGGGAGUGAGAGCCUCAGAGGGAGAAGGGGACUGAGAAGAGGGGCUUUAGAGCAUGGAGAGCAAAGGUACUAGGAUUCUCCAGGGCUCAGCGCGCUCUGAGGAUCUGUGCCCUGGGCUGCAGCUGCGGAAGAUAAAGGCGCUAUCCGGCUCAUGAAGGCCACCUGGAUCAGGCUUCUGAAAAGAGCCAAGGGAGGAAGGCUGAAGAAUUCGGACAUCUGUGGUUCGGCAGACUCCUACACCAGCCGCCCAUCCGAUUCAGAUGUGUCUUUGGAAGAGGACCGGGAGGCAGUCCGUAGAGAAGCUGAGCGGCAGGCCCAGGCCCAGUUGGAAAAAGCAAAGACAAAACCUGUUGCAUUUGCAGUUCGGACCAAUGUCAGGUACAGCGCAGCCCAGGAGGAUGAUGUCCCGGUGCCCGGCAUGGCCAUCUCAUUCGAGGCAAAAGAUUUUCUGCAUGUUAAGGAAAAAUUUAAUAAUGACUGGUGGAUAGGACGGCUGGUUAAAGAAGGCUGUGAAAUCGGAUUUAUUCCAAGCCCGGUCAAACUAGAGAACAUGAGGCUACAGCAUGAACAGAGAGCCAAGCAAGGGAAAUUCUACUCCAGUAAAUCAGGAGGAAAUUCAUCAUCCAGUUUGGGUGACAUAGUACCCAGUUCCAGAAAAUCGACACCUCCAUCAUCUGCUAUAGACAUAGAUGCUACUGGCUUAGAUGCAGAAGAGAAUGAUAUUCCAGCAAACCACCGCUCCCCUAAGCCCAGUGCAAACAGUGUAACGUCACCCCACUCCAAAGAGAAAAGAAUGCCCUUCUUUAAGAAGACAGAGCACACUCCUCCUUACGAUGUGGUACCAUCCAUGAGACCAGUGGUGCUGGUGGGCCCCUCCCUGAAGGGGUAUGAGGUCACAGAUAUGAUGCAAAAAGCACUGUUUGAUUUUCUAAAACACAGAUUUGAAGGACGGAUAUCCAUCACAAGAGUCACUGCCGACAUCUCCCUGGCCAAACGCUCAGUAUUAAACAACCCCAGUAAGCACGCAAUAAUAGAAAGAUCCAACACAAGGUCGAGCUUAGCGGAAGUUCAGAGUGAAAUUGAAAGGAUUUUUGAACUUGCAAGAACACUGCAAUUGGUAGUCCUUGACGCGGAUACAAUUAAUCACCCAGCUCAACUCAGUAAGACCUCUCUGGCCCCUAUCAUAGUGUAUGUAAAGAUUUCUUCUCCUAAGGUUUUACAAAGGUUAAUAAAAUCUCGAGGGAAGUCUCAAGCAAAGCACCUCAAUGUCCAGAUGGUGGCAGCUGAUAAACUGGCCCAGUGUCCCCCGCAGGAGUCAUUUGAUGUGAUCUUGGAUGAGAACCAACUUGAGGAUGCUUGUGAGCAUCUCGCCGACUAUCUGGAGGCGUACUGGAAGGCCACCCACCCUCCCAGCAGUAACCUCCCCAACCCUCUCCUUAGCCGGACUUUAGCCACCUCAACUUUACCUCUGAGCCCCACCCUUGCCUCUAAUUCACAGGGUUCUCAAGGUGAUCAGAGGACUGAUCGCUCUGCUCCCCGGUCUGCUUCCCAAGCUGAAGAAGAACCUUGUCUGGAACCAGUCAAAAAAUCCCAACACCGUUCUUCCUCAGCCACACACCAAAACCACCGCAGUGGGACAGGUCGAGGCCUCUCCAGGCAAGAGACGUUUGACUCUGAAACCCAGGAGAGCCGAGACUCUGCCUACGUGGAGCCAAAGGAAGAUUAUUCACAUGAACAUGUGGACCGCUAUGUUCCACACCGUGAACAUAACCACAGAGAGGAGAGCCACAGCAGCAAUGGCCACAGGCACAGGGAGCCUCGCCACCGCGCUAGGGACAUGGGUCGAGACCAGGACCACAAUGAGUGCAGCAAACAACGAAGCCGGCAUAAAUCUAAGGAUCGCUACUGUGACAAGGAAGGGGAAGUAAUAUCCAAAAGAAGGAGUGAGGCUGGCGAGUGGAACAGGGACGUAUACAUCCGCCAAUGACCGUGCGUGUCUCUGCCCCCAAGUCUUGUGUAACAUCAUCCUUAAGCAAAAUCUUUGGGGCUCCAUUGCAACCAUCUGUGAUCUGUCUUGUAUAUUUUGUAUUGCUGUUGCUUGAAUAGCAAUAGCAUGCAAUCAAGUAUUACUAUACAUUCUUUUGUAAGUACCACAGAAAUUGGCCUAGUACAGCUGCAGUCCUCAGUCUAUAUCCUGAACUCUUCAGAAGCUGUUUGGGGUAGCUGCCACCUGAACAGAGUGGCUUCAGAAAUGUAGUUAAUGUAUUCAGUGAGCCAGAUGCAGCACAGAUAACAAGUGGAAUUCCUCCAUAUUUUUAAUACCCAGAUACCUGACCUGUCAUUCUUUCAUGGACCACUGUUUCUUGCUUGUACCUCUGGCUGACUAAAUUUGGGGACAGAUUCAGUCUUGCCUUACACAAAGGGGAUUAUAAAGUUAGAAUCUAUUUUCUAUGUACUAGUACUGUGUACUGUGUAGACAGUUUGUAAAUGUUAUUUCUGCAAACACCUUAUUAUAAUUAUAUAUAUAAUAUAUAUAUAUAUAUAUAUCAGUUUGAUCACACAAUUUUAGGGUCUUAAUGCCAAGUCAGCAGAUUUGCUUUAUGAAUCACAGGGACUAGAAAUGCCCACAUUCAGGAAAUUUCUAAUAUUGUCUAGACUCCUCUCCCUAUUCUAAGAGAGAGCCUGUAUAUAGUGUAAAUAUGUGUGAUUGCUUGACUUGAGGUUUGAUUUCUGAAUGUAAUCCCAUCCUUGUAAGUUUUUCAUUUUAACCAUAAAUUAUGGUAAAUGUAACCAACUCCAGAGGUUUUUCUACUCCAUACAGUCCACACUGAUUGUGACAAACACGUUCUUAGCAGCUAGUGUCUGUUAUAGUCACUGCACUGGAGUAUCCAAGCGGAGCCCACCAUGUGCACAUGCGUGUGUGAGUGAGUGUGUGAGUGGCUGAGAUGAAGUGGAAUGCAGAAGACUGAUGCGGAAACCAGAGGCUGAUGGACCUGGCUUUGCAUUUAACUGUUGUAUGUUGCUUUGGAACCCACUGAGCAGCAGGGAAUGUGAGGAAGCUUGCUGCCAAAGGAACUAGGGAGCACUUAGCGGCUGACUCCCUGCUUUUGCCCCUGAAGAGAGAAAACAUGGGCGUCUUGUACUGUGAGUGUUCCACUGGAAAUGGACAAUCUUUGUGUGUCAGAGUACUUUGUUUUAGUAAGAAAUGUUUACACAGCUUGUGCAAUUAUUUCGUAGGGAAAUAAAUUUUUAUAACUUGUCCCACUUCACUUUCUAAACGUGCCUAUUGCUCCUCUUGUUCAUCCUCAGCCACCGCUCUUCUUCCCCUGCACCAAGCUGAGCAGCUGCACUGUCGGAAUCUAGAAGUGCUUCUUAGAACCAAAGUUCCUGCUAAAUCUUUAGAAGUUAUCAGGGCAAAAAUGGAAUGACUUGAAGCAAAAAAAGUUGAAACAUUUUCUUUUACGAGACAUCUCUGAGGGAGAACCUAGAAGACAUUUUUUUCACACCUCAAUUUGCUUGCGUUAAGAAGCUUAAACUGCUCUUAGCCGAGGCUAUCCAAUCUCUGUCUCUCAAGAGUCCAGUGCUGAUGGAGAGGUAAGACUGUAUGAGCUCCACACGCCCCUAGCAUUCGAAGCCUUCGCAGGAAAAUGUCUAUCUGUGAUUACCCAACCAGAUCGGUAUAUACUAAAACAAGAAAUAGUUACAAUAAAUAUAUUUUUGUUUUGUUUCCGGGUUACUUCACAUUCUUCUGAAAUAUUCUUAGGCAUUCGUAUGAAAAGCAGUUUGACAUUUACUACUUUAUUCUAUACCCAAGAAAACUCAAGCAUUUAAAACGUGAGUUGCAUAUGUAUUUGACCAGUGGGUUACCUGCUUAGAGAAUGAAAUUUUCCUCAGAACAGCACUCCACUCUUACAGAAAUACAGACGAUACCCAGCAAUCUCUGACCCAAACUGAGAGCGUACGCAUCACAGACAGACUUUCUACAGUGAUCUACUCCUUUCCGGUGUGUGUGUUUCAUCCAGAGGAAUGGCUGAGACACUCGGCCUCAUGAUGGAUGGUGUUUCUCUUACCUGCAGUUACCAGGCUUCCCUUUCAGACUAGUUCUAAUGCUGUCCAUCCAUCUGCUUAAUGCGAGCAUGUGCGUGCACAUCACAGCAUCCCCCCUACUCUGCCCAAAGCUCUGACAUAGGCACCUGUGUGUGAAAGCUACAUACUUGGGCUCCCAAGGAACAUGGCUGACUUCCUGACUAAUGGGAUGUAACACUGCUCUUUUCAUGAGCAAAAGUUUAAUCUUACCUGACUCACUUGUAGAAUCCUGAUUUUUUUUUUCCUGUAGUCAAACCAGGAAACGCUGGAAAUGUAGUUAACAGUGUUAUACUUGUGUCAGUCACUUGAAUUUCUCCUCUGCUUUCUCAACUGCUCAUUUACUUACUGUUACAAAAAAGGUGCUGCUAAAAGUAGGACGUCUUCAGUCACACUGUACUGCAGACAAUGCCACACUUAACUUGUCUGCUCUGCAUCCCUGUUAACAAACACUCCCUGUCACGACACUGAACUGUUUGAUGAACUUGGUUUAAAGUAAUUCAUGGAAACAAAUAAAGAGCUGGCUUCUGCACUGUU